ACAGAAUAGCAGCAACUGGGCGGGUUUUAUUGUCUAACCUGGCAACCCUGGUGAGCAGGAAGCCUGCGCGCAUUGAUCGCUCGCGGAGCGCAGACGCAGCACACGGUCCGCCGGAAUAAUGCGCUUCUAAUGCUGGGCCGCGGUCCGAAGCAAGGCCAUCCUCAGCGCGGAACCCUCACCGAACCCCGGCCGGAACCGGAGGAUUAAAAACAGCAGCGCGCGACGGAGAGAGAGAGACAGACACAGAGAGAGAGAGUGAGAGAGAGACACUGCCCAAGCGUUCAGAGCCAUGAGAGAAUACAAAGUGGUCGUGUUGGGAUCCGGCGGCGUGGGAAAAUCGGCGCUGACCGUGCAGUUCGUCACCGGAUCCUUCAUCGAGAAGUACGACCCGACGAUAGAGGACUUCUACCGCAAGGAGAUCGAGGUGGACUCGUCGCCGUCGGUGCUGGAGAUCCUGGACACGGCGGGCACCGAGCAGUUCGCCUCCAUGCGCGAUCUGUACAUCAAGAACGGCCAGGGCUUCAUCCUCGUGUACAGUCUGGUCAACCAGCAGAGCUUCCAGGACAUCAAGCCCAUGCGCGACCAGAUCAUCCGCGUCAAGCGCUACGAGCGCGUGCCCAUGAUCCUGGUGGGCAACAAGGUGGAUCUGGAGGGCGAGAGGGAGGUGUCUUCCGGGGAAGGCAAGGCGCUGGCGGACGAGUGGAACUGCCCGUUCAUGGAGACCUCGGCCAAAAACAAAGGCUCCGUGGACGAGCUGUUCGCGGAGAUCGUGCGGCAGAUGAACUACGCGUCGGCGCCGAACGGAGACGACCAGUGCUGCGCGUCCUGCGCGAUUCUUUAAGAUCCGAGCGCGAGCUCUGGUUUCUCGUUCGCGUUUGUUGCCAUGGUGUGUCGCAGGAUUUCUGUACUGUUGAGCGACGCGUCUCCUCAGGAGGAGGAGGAGAACCCUGGGAUAGCGGAUCGCUCUUCAGGAAGUGCAGCACACCACUGAUGUCAACACAAGUGUCUUGCACUCGCUACUGGAACUGAAACCCCAAGAACGUGAAAAACAUGCGGGAGGAGUUUAAAACACCGGUUCUGCUCGUGGACUUGGAAACCCUUGUUGUGAAUCGUUUUGCUUUUCGUUCGCUGGAUUGAAACUACUUUCUCGUGCCCCCCCCCCACCAUCCUCCGCGAGCGCACGAGGACUUUACUGUUCAGACGCGAGGACGUCGGAGCUUACGCGUCGAGUGCCUUCCAAAAAAGCUGUUCAAGAGUUUAGUGCCAACCUGCAAGGAGUCUCGGUUCACGGCCGUCCACACAGUACUUAACUGUCAUGCUUGCUAAUGGUUUCGGGGGUGAACAGCGUUUCAAAGGCCUGUUGUCAACGGAACGCCUGUUCUCUUUGUUUUGUUUUGAGUGAAAAUCUUUUUGGCUUUUUUCUCCAAUCCACAGGUACUGAAGCCCCCAGACUCAGACCACAAACCACUGUCUGUGUGAAAUCAGAUCUUUUGUUGUUUUCUUUUUAACAAAUGUGAUGUACCAUUGAAAUUCUAAUCCGAUUGUACGUUUAAUUUCAGACCAGCGUUUUAACAGCUGUCUGAUUGUUUUAACGAGACUUUUAAUACAUGCAUUUUUAUAUAAAAAACAAAAAAAACCUCAA